AUGGGCAAGAAGGAGGUUUUGGUCUGUUACGGGGUAGAUAUCGAUGCGGUGGCAGGUUGGCUAGGAUCCUAUGGAGGCGAAGACAGCACCAGCGACAUCAGUCGAGGAAUUUGGGCUGGGACUAUCGGGACUCGUAGGCUCUUGAAGCUCUUCGAGAAGUACAACAUCAAGGCAUCCUGGUUUAUUCCGGGCCAUUCCCUGGAGACUUUUCCGGAGGAGUGUGCUAUGGUCCGCGAUGCCGGGCACGAAAUUGGCCUGCAUGGGUACAGCCAUGAAAACCCAAGUGAUAUGACGAUCGAGCAGCAGAGAGACGUGUUGGACAAGACUUGGAAAAUGCUAACAGACUUCUGUGGCAAGCCCCCUCGCGGCUCUGUGGCUCCCUGGUGGGAAACCAGCAAGGAAGGCACCGAGCUUAUGCUGAGUUAUGGAAUCGAAUACGAUCACUCAAUGUCGCACCAUGAUUGUCAGGCAUACUGGCUCCGCACAGGAGAUUCGUGGACGAAGAUUGACUACUCGAAGAAGGCUGAAGAGUGGAUGAAGCCGCUCGAGAAAGGCCAAGAAACUGGGCUUGUGGAAAUCCCCGGUUCUUGGUACAUCGAUGACCUGCCCCCAAUGAUGUUCAUUAAGAAUAGUGCCAAUUCGCAUGGAUGGGUCAAUCCUAGAGACGUUGAGGAUAUCUGGAAGGACCACUUCGAUUACUUCUAUCGGGAAUACGAUGAAUUCAUCUUCCCCAUGACAAUCCAUCCGGAUGUUUCAGGUCGUCCACAUGUCCUGCUUAUGCACGAACGCAUCAUCGAGCACAUCAAUAAGCACGAGGGUGUGCGGUGGGUGACAAUGGCAGAGAUGAGUGACCACUUCAAGAGCAAAAAUACGCCAGCACCUGGAGCCCUGAUGCCUGCAGAUGCGCAAGAGGUGAUGCGCAAGUAUCGCGAAUCGCAAAAGAAGACUACGUGA